UGAAAUAUCAACAAACGCAACCUUGCGUUUAGUACGAAGGUUAAAGAGAAAUGAGAAACGUUACAAAAGCUGUGUUGUAUGAGUCCGUAAAUAAGUAGAAUCACAGUCCAGAGAACUGACAUCAAAAGCAAAAGAUGGAAAUUUUACCAACUUUGCCUGAGUUGGAUCAAGUGGCUGUGGGAAGUCUGCCUUUAUCAAGGCUGUGAGAGGUGAUUUGCACCAAUACAUAAUCAGCGAUGGGCAAAACUCAGUCAAAACAGUCAGAACCCGAGUCAAAGAGUGUGAUUAAGAAACAGACAGAUGAACUAAAGAUUGGUGUCUUUGGAGGAUGUGGCGUUGGAAAGUCAAGUUUUAUCAAUGCAUUCAGGGGGAUAAAUGAGGAUGACGUUGACGCCGCAAUGACGGGCGUUCUCGAGACAACAACUGAACCUACUUGUUAUACACAUCCUGGGAAUCCAUAUAUUAAGUUGAUAGAUACGCCGGGAUACGAAACACCACUUAUUCCAAACCUGGAGAUUUUCUGUCAUAGAGUUGACUUAGAAUCAUGCGACAUGUUUUUAAUACUAAUCUCUACGAGGUUCACAUAUUUCGAUUUACAUCUGUUUCGAAAAAUCAAGGCACUGGAUAAACCACUCUUGUUAAUAAGGACUAAAAUUGACAUCGAUAUACAGCAUGAAAGGCGCAAAAGAAGAUUGAACAAGGACGAUGUUUUAAGCAGAAUUAGAGAAUACAUAUUGUCAAUUAUGAAACAAUUUGAAAUAGGUGAAAACAACCUCUUUCUCAUCAGUAACUGUGAUCCAUAUAAAUGGGAUUUUCCACGCCUGUUCGAUGCCAUCUUUAAAAUGUUGCCGGCUUAUCAAAAGGAGGCCUUGUCACCCUUAUCGUUUAAGAGAUCAUGCCAAGAAAAAACAGCAUGGUCGACAGAGGAAAAUCUUCAUGACGAGGGAAGAAAUGGUAAAGAAAAAGGGGAUUCAAGCAGCGAAGAAUUUCUGAAAAACAAGCUUAAAGCAUGGAAAGGAUUGAAAAUACGAUAUGGCAUAACAGGAGAUAGUGGCGCCGGAAAAUCAGCCUUUAUCAACGCCAUAAGAGGACUCCAUGAUGACGAUUAUGAAAAUGGUGCAGCUCAUGUUGAUGUUACUGAAGCAACCAUGGAGCCAACGGAAUACAAACAUCCUUUGUACCCAACGAUUAGCUUUGUGGAUUUACCUGGCAUUGGAACGCCGAAAUUCCAUAAUUUUGAAAAAUAUUGUAAGGACAUGAGAUUGAAGGAUUACGACAAAUUCCUCAUUUUCACUGCAACGCGUUUCACAGUAAAUGAUUUGAAUUUAGCAAAGAAAGUAAAAUCUCUUGGAAAACCAUUUUUUCUCAUUCGUACAAAGAUCGAUAACGACUGUUUUUCAGAAUCAAGGAAAGAGUCAUUUAACGAAGAAGAAAUGUUAAAAAAUAUUAGAAAGAGUUACUGUGAAAAGACGAAAGAUUUAAUGGUCACUGAAAAUAAAAUCUUCCUAAUAAGUAAUUAUGAUAAGGAGAAAUGGGAUUUCACACGACUAGUUACAGCAAUCAGCGAAGAGACACAAAGUUGAUACUAUGUUUAUCGCAUGAAGGGAGAACAAUGUUUGAUUGUUUAAUAUUUAAUUAUCUGUUUGGUCUUACGCACAUUACCUAUCACAUUUCCAAUGCUAAACCAUUUAUAUAUUAGAAUCAAUAACUUAAGGAAUUUAUU